CUUGGGCAGUCAGAGCUCCACCCUCUCUAAACCACAACGCGGGAUCUCCCUGACGGACGGGUCGAAAUUAUUCCUCCAACAUACAAAGAACAGGACUGCGCAGCCUGCAGCCAUCUGACCAUCAACUUCCUUUACAGUAUCAAUUGCCAGGGCCGCAUCGCCAAUUUGUUGUUUCUGUCAAUCGCAGGCGACUCCACCACCACCGUACUGUAUACAGUGCCAACACACCCUGCAAGCGACUGCAUGACCCGCUUGAUCGCAGAACAGAUACCCAGCAAGGUAUCCGCAGUCCGAGGCUGGCCCAUUCUCAGCGCGUCACCACCCUGUCACCCUGUGCACAUCUUCAAUCGCACACAUCGCGAGGCAGCGACCAACGUUGGCUGCAUCUCUCCGCCACUAUCUGACCGUGCCUCUCUGAUUGAUCGCGACGGCCAUACGGACUUCAUGGGUGCGAGCUGAUCUUGACGCGACAAUCAGCCCAGCUGUGGGAGCCAGCCGAAACCAUGUCGUCGCAUGCCUGGCUUGACUCUCUAUCCGAGGACUGGCCCUCGGAGCCAGACUCUCCCGCCAACUCCAAGCCCCCAACCAGGAACGGCACAACGAAAUCGAGUAUCAGGGCCAGCGGAACCAAGAUUCCACGCCCAUCCAGUGGCCAUAGCGCUAGUAGAAGGUUGUCGGCUACACCUAAUCGGAACAGCAGCGCUGCGCUCAACGAGCGGAGCCCCAGCGACAUUAACGUUCCCGCACAGCUGUCCAAGCGGACUCCAUCGAAACUCUCUCACGAGGUCAGGUCUCAUCUCCCUCGAGGCCGCACGGCGAGCAGGUCCAUAUCUGGCAUAUCUUGCUCUCCAGCAGGAUCUGUUGUCCACAACACCGUUCACCGCCAGUCACUCAGCUCAUCGCCCGACAAGAGGAAAUACGACACUCCAGAAUGGAAGCGAAGACUGAUUUACGGCGAAUGUGCAUAUGGUGAGAAACUUGACCUGUUCACUUCCGCUGGGACCGGACUCGAGGGCAUGUUCAAGCCCCCGGUCCCCGUAAAGUCGGCUUCUGGCCUUGCAGAUGAAGACCGCAGUAACUUGCAGAGGAACAACACAACAUUACCUUCUAGUCCACCAGAAAUCGCAGGGAACUAUUCCAACUACGAGGUCUUCUCUGAUCGAUACUCGGAACAGGAAUUGCCCGAGCCCAUUGGAGCAACCCAGUCCAAGGGCCGCUCGGUCAGGUAUAAGCUAGCCGACGAGGCGGAAUCCGACGCGAGCGAGCUCAGCGACAUGUCGGUUCGACGACACGUGCCACAUAUAAACGCACAAGCAGAUAGCAGCCGGUCCUCAGCACAAUUCCUGGCCCCAGCCACUGCCGGUGCCGAGUCGCGGAAAACCAGCAGUCAAAGUGCGGCACGCCAUGAGGACUUCAGUCCCAUCUUCAUCGGUAGGCGGGGGGCCGAAGAUGGCAAGAAUGACUUUUCUGCGCUGGAUCUAUCACCUUCAGUCCUGUAUGAGCGUCUUGAGAGGCUCCAGAAGGACCGGGCCCGCACAAGCGGCUCUGAGCACGGUCACUCAUCCACCGCAGGAGGCAGGUCCCAAGGAACAGCAGCCACAGAUGGUGUUCAGCGACUUGGCAGCUAUGUCAACAUCCGUAGGGGUGGUCAGUCGGCUGAAGGCUCCUUUCAGCAUCGCGUCUUGACACCAGCAUUGGGUAACACGUCAGAUAUGCUCCCGGAGGAAUCUCUCCAAGCAAGCACUCCUAAACAAUUUCCGAGCCUACGCGGCAACAAGCCAGACUUGCAGGAUAUGUCAUCUGGGACGCCGAUUGUGCCCGCUCCGCCGUUUCCGAGCCCGGAAAAGAAGCAACUUCGUGCGCAGGCCAAUGGUGCCAGUCCCCUGAAACUUUUUGGGCCGUACGAUACCUUCACAAACCAAAUCUUGGUGAGGCGAAUCAGUCAGUUCGAAGACCCAAACAUGUCGCCCACAUCAGAAAAGCCUCCAGUCCUUGGUAAACAACCCUCUCUGGGAACUACGUCGAAGAAUACUACGGAUGCGGACAUCAGACCGCAAUCGAGUGAGGAAGAUCCAGAACCGAAUUCGGGCCAGCGUAAAAGGCAGACUAGGUCUGUCAGCCAGUUUGGGGCAGGAGAGCUUGAUGGCUUUGAAUUUGACGAGGACUUCUCCCGUCUUUCAAAUGAUUCUGACGAUGAGUUUCUUGUGCAUCGGUCGGUGACAUUCGAUGGCACAGCGGACUCCUCGCCUUCAGGAACCGCCAAUAUCUCCAUUGCAAAACGACGGCAGCAACCGGAAAACAUCUCCUCGGCAAACUUCAGAACACUCUCGGGGGCCGCCUCGCGAGCUGCAUCUGCUCUGCUGGCAGCAACCCCAAAACACCAGAUCCACGACCAUGAGUACAAGAGACCGCGAACAUCACCUACCAAAGACCCGACACCCAAGCGCAGAAGAACUUUGCACGAGUCUGACAUCUCAUUCGGGGCUGGAGACGAGCAUAUGCUAGAAUCAACACAGACCACGCACCAACAUAUGCAAGUGGUCAUUGGGAGGAAGCCUUCUCGCAAGGUCCUCCGCGUUCGAACUCCGACCCCAAGUCCAAGCCAGAGGUCGUCAGUCCAAAAAGAACAGCACCCUUACGAUCAGUUACACGUUCCCGACAGUGACGGUGCGAGACGUGUUCGGAAAGGAAUGCAGAAGGCCCAGCAUCAACCCAAAUUCCCUGCCGGUGGAGGCAGGAAGCCGUCCAUCAGAACAGAAGACUUCAUCAACGAGGCCCACCGCAUCAUGGCAGCUAUCAGAGGAGAGAAUGGUACGCGUAGUGGCCUCACAAGCGUCGAAGAGUCCGAGUCGGAGAACACUAGGCAGGACAUCCGGGAGCCAGCUUGGCCAGAUUCUUCGUUUCAAGAGUCCACUCGAGAACCAUUUUCUCGACCGCCAAGCCGUGACGGAAAGCCCAUUCCGAGGGCCAUCAAUCGACAACAAAAUCCUGACCUAGUGAACCAUUUGAAGAAGUACGAGGAGCAUAGCGACAUGGGUGAUAUCAUCGCCUCAUCUCUACGGUCACUCGGUGUCUCUAAGGAAGAUAUUCAGGCAGUACAAGCUCUGGAGUACCGCUCACAUAGCUCCAUGUCGGAGGCAUCUGAGCACAGCGUCUUGCGGCAUAAUGAAAUUGUCAGCGACCCACCCAACAUACGCAUUUCUGAGAAUCCUCAUCGCUAUGAACAUACUACUUCAGCUGAACAGGCACAGCAAUUUCGAGACCGACUCCCCUCUCACAGUUCAGGCUCCGAAUCCGGCAUUUCUACGGGACAGUCAGUACGAACUGGUUCCUCCCGGGGCUCAGAUACUAGGAGGACCAUCGCACCACAAAGUGUGUCACAUCUCAUUCCUGACCAGGUCGGCAACAUGAUUUUAGAUAGACAGCGAAACGUUUGGGUGAAAAGCAACAAGGUACAUGCGACCCGCACGAAGAGAAGCAACACUCUCGCCUCCGAGAACAGUGAGGACGACCCGUUUGCCGAUAUUCCCGAUUUGACUGUGGAUGCGACGAGAGAGCUGCAAAACCUGAAAGAUAAACAGACUCGGCAAAGUGAAUCUGGCAAGCAGUUCUUUGGUCCAGAUAAGUUCACGGGGAGUCCAGAACAGUCAGUGCGAGGCCAGUCUCUCAAGUCCAUUCUUGUUAGAGAUUUUGCGGAGAAGCCAAGCAAGAACGGAUCCAUGCGAUCGACCAGUAGACUUAUAAGCAAGUUUGCUGAAGCCGAAAAUGAGGAUGUCGAGCACGAGAUCACAAUUCACGAAGACCGGCUGGAAGAGUCGUCACCUCGGCGACGAAUGACCAUCAGCUUUUCUUCCCCAAUUGCAUCCAUCAUACAAGAUGUGGUUUCCGGAAGCGGCCCCGAAGAAAACAACACCAGUAUGUUCGAACAAUCUGUGGCAGACAUACUCCAGUCAAAAGGGAGGCACAGCCGCCGUGCUACUCCCCAUCACUCUCUCAACAGUCACAGCGGGCCACGACCACGAAAUUCGUCAAGUGCACCAUCACGCCACAUGUCGGUCAAAGGAGCGUCAUUUGUACCUCGACCGGUAUCGGUCAUCGAGGAGGAGAGUGAUGAGAAGAGCUUCGCGGAUAGAACACAACUGAGCAAGGGCGGGGGCCGGAGCAUUACGGAAGAGAAGCCUCCUCAAAGUCGCCAGGCAAGUGUGAGCAUAAUGUUCAAAACACCUGGUCGGCCCAAAUCAAGACUUCGACCAGACAAUGCGGAAACACUCAGCCAUCAAAUCGGCAAUCUGUCACUGAGUCCCAUAUCCGACUUCACUGCACACCAGGACCGCUCGUAUGCCUUUGAGGUGAGCUACCUUGUCGAGGACCAGAAUCUUGUCACGGGCGACACCACGCGGAAGCGCAUGUCCCAGACAGUCCGUCAUCUGGUCAGCAAACUUGCGGAGGUUGAACCAUUUGAGCCGUAUUGGGAGGACUUGAAAGAGAUCGCACUCCGUGAGAAGGACCUGGGAAGUUUGCACACGCUAGACCGGUUUUGUGGAAGCCUUGUCAAAAUCGAUGCCUCGCACAAUACGAUCAGGGCUUUGGAUGGCAUCCCAUCAACCACUCGCGAGCUGACCAUCACCCACAACCUGCUUAGUGAGCUGACUGCUUGGGAUCGACUGGGAAACUUGCAGUACAUUAACGUCUCGAACAACGACAUCAAGAGUCUCUCAGCGUUCAACGGUUUGGUCCAUCUGCGUGGCUUGGUCGCAGACAAUUGCGGGUUGGCAAAUCUGGACGGGGUCAGGUUCCACGACUCACUGUUGACCUUGCGAGCCAGGGGAAAUUCCAUUGAGAAGCUCAAUUUCGACGGUACGAAUCUGCAAAGGCUGACCAGCCUUGAUCUGGAGAGCAACAGGAUACGGGAAAUCGAGAACCUGCACGAGCUUUCCUCCUUGACCUAUCUCAACCUGAAAGGGAAUCAGCUGGUCAAGUUCAGCUCCGCCGAGCCACUCGUGCUGAAACACUUGAUCAUCAGCGACAACAAGCUGAGAAAGGUUGAUGUCACCUCGAUGCCCCGCCUUCACCUGCUGUAUGCGGAUCGCAACAAGCUUACAACAGUCGCUGGCCUGUCUCGAGUGCCGCAUCUGGACAGUCUAUCGCUUAGGGAGCAGGGCGGUUCAAAGCCUUUCGACUUGGCCUUCUUGGAGACUGCGUACGAGGUUCGGAAGCUGUUCCUUUCGGGGAACCACCUGGGGCUCUUUGACCCGCCACGCGACUUCCUCAACCUUCAGCUCCUGGACCUGGCGAACUGCGGCCUGCAACGUCUACCUGAUAACCUAGGACAACUAAUGCCCAACCUACGUGUGGCCAAUCUUUGCUUCAACGGGCUGUCUGAUGUCAGUGGUCUCUCGAGCAUCCCACGACUCAAACGGCUGUUGCUUGCAGGCAAUCGGCUGGCCAACGUGAAACCCCUGCUCGGCGUCUUGGGCCAGUUCCCCUGGCUGACAGAGGUCGACUUACGUGACAAUGUGAUCACACAGGGCUUUUAUCCUCCCAUGCGCGUAGUUCUCCAGGAUGGAGAAACGCAAACAGCCGACAUCUUCAAGCUUCCUGAUGCGGACCCUGAGCGGGAUGCAAGGUAUUGCCGUCGCCUGGAUAUGGAGACACGGAUCCAGCGGCGAGUAUACGAACGGAAAUGUGUGCAGUCGUGUAAACAUCUGCAGAAGCUGGACGGACUGCCAGCGAAUAAGAAGAUAAGGCAUAUAAGAGAUGUGGUCUGGAAGAACAUGGCGCUGAGAGGAAUGCUGCUUCAGCCCGACGGUUUGCCGUUCGACUUAUCUCAGUACGAGCUCGAGAAGGAAGAAGACCCCACUUCGUAUGUCAGUGAUGACGGUGGCGAAAGCGAGAAGGGCAAGGCGAAGUGCGCUGUCGAUGAGAGUGGACGCUGGGGCAUCGAGGAUAGCUUUGCGGGCUGAUGCGCUACAUGCCACCAGCGGCAAUUGUCAGUCUCAUCAUCAAGCAGAAUGGGCGUUUGGUGUUAGGGACUUAGCAUGCCAUUUUUAUUUACGGUCAAGGCAAGGGUUCAAUAUCCUGUGUGUUUCCUGGGUGGUAGCACGCUGUCUUGGUUUACGAGCAUACAGAUAUGUACAUAUAUUGGGAUUACAGGCGCGUGGGUGCUUGAGCUACCGCGAUGGGUGUUCAUCAUGA